AUGGUUCCAAAGUCGCCCGCCCUGGGCCGCACCUGCUCCGCGGGCCUCGCAUUCCUUUCCCACCACACGGCGUGCGUCGGCCCCAGUCCCCCGCGAUGGGCAUCGUCCAUUGGCGGCCCGGGCAGCGGGGACGCCAGAGAGGGUGUUGACGUCCUGCUUUCUUCCCUCCAGGCUUCGCGCCUGCAGGCGGAUGCUCGCCAGAGUGCGAGCUACGGGGCCUCAAUAGAAGUGGCGCCCAGCAAUUGGGCCCUGAUUGAGCAUUGGCGGGCAUUCAAUUCGCCAAUCUCGCUGUCGUCGCUGCCGCCAUUUUGGACGCCGUCGCGGCUGGGCCGCGCACAGACGGGGCUUAUGAAUUGUUUUGAGCGCCCGACGUCAUUCAGAGUGAGGGAAGCUGGCCCAUCCUCGCCGCCGGCCGGACCUCUGUGUGGUGGCCGCGGCGCCCGGCGAUUUGGCUUUUUCAGGGGUCAGGCUGUGAUGGCGGCCGCAGAGGCAAAAGAGGUGGAUCCCCCAGACCCAACAGCGCAGGGUCAAGCUGUGAUGGCAACCGUAGAGGCAAAAGAGGACCUAGAUCCCCGCCUUCGGCGCAGCAUGGCGAUCAACAAGAAGAUCACGAGCAUUUACAAACGAUGCAUGUUCAAGGUUCUGAAGUUGAGGGACUUCAGGAGGCACGAUUCGCCGGAGGGCCGGGAGCGCGUGGGGGCAAUGGUGUCGUCCUUCGAAGAGCUGCUCCAGGAGAACCGGGAGGUCUUGGACAGCGUCAACCUGAUGACCAUGUUCCACAGGUUCUCCAUCGUCAGCACAUUGUUCCCAACGUCCGAGUGGAUGUGCCGCCAGCACGGUGAUUUUCUGGGUGCGCUGCUGGGCCUGGCGUCCACCCAGUUGGACAAAAUGGAGACGCACCACAUGGGCAACUUCAUGCUGGCAUUGAAGCACCUGAUGCCGCACCUAAGGGGCGUUGAGAUACCGGGUGCCACUCUGGAGGAGGUGGUGAAUGGGGUGUCGGAAAACGCUGUGCGCGCCAAGGACGACAUGAAUCUGAAAAACAUCGCCCACACAGUGGCGGGCGUAGUGUGCUUCGGCACUGUCGAUCAGGACAAGGUAAUUGCUGAACUCCUCGGUGUUGUGCCGUCCAAGCUUGUUCUUGGCAAGACAACACCUCAGGAUGCCUGCCUUUUGAUAUGGGCCCUUGGGAGGGCUCGUUGUAAGGAUUGCAGUUCAGUGAUUUCACAGCUGCUGGAUGCCAUCAGUUCGGAUGUUGGGUCAGCAAGACCUGGGAUGCUUGUGGAUAUAGUUUGUGGGCUUGGGGAGCUGGAAUAUGUGGGUGCUGAUAAGUUCUUGCACUUGGCCAUCCCUGAGCUCCUGAAAGGCAGUCCUACACUGUCAGUGAAUCAGGCGGUGGAGCUGAUUGUUGGCCUGGCCAUGCUGAAGCACAAGAAUGCAGAGGUGGUGGAUUUGCUGGACAUCUUGCGUCCUACAAUUCAAAUUAACAUGUACCAGUUGGAUUCUGCGGCCAGAGAGAACCUGACUCAGGCCCUAAACGCGCUCGAGUACAACCCAGGUGAUCGGUUCUGGUCUGAGAUUUUAAAGGUGGGAGACAGGAAAAGCUAG